UUUGUUAACGCGAGAGUUACUGCUGCCCUCCUGCACUAGGUCAACAUGUCGGAGUCUGAGCUUGGAAGGAAGUGGGACCGAUGCCUGGCUGAUUCGGCCGUUAAAUUUGGUGCUGGCCUGGGCCUUGGAAUUGUUUUCUCUGUUAUUUUCUUCAAAAGGAAGACCUGGCCCAUCGCGUUCUCAGCAGGUGUAGGUUUAGGUAUGGCUUAUUCCAACUGCCAGAAUGACUUUCAGUCUCCCUACCUUCUGCAUGGAAAAUUUGUGAAGGAACAGUGAAUCUGCGCACACAGACCUCGCCUCAAGCUGCCACAGGGCCCACAUCUGGAAUUGUACUUCAUGUAGAAGCAGCAGAGCUAUUAGCAGGAAUUGUUUUCACUGACCGGGCGGUCAUACGCUUGCAGUUUCAUUUUGUUUUGUAUUUUCUGCCAGAACAGUUAUGAGAAUAAAAAAGACAAAAAAAAUACAA